AUGGCGCACAUAGUUGACAUAUUUUUGCAAAACAUGGGUUGCAGCCACGACCGCGGUUAUGGUCUGGUAUUUUUCAACUACUGCGAGUUGGCCUUUACGCUGCUCUUCACCGUGUCUACGUAUCCGACGAUCGCCGACCCAACGGAAAAUCUAUCCAUUCGCCUGUACGGCGUCCUGUGCCUGUUAAUCGAAGUCCACAUUUUUGCUUUCAUAGCCGCUCGGAUUUACCAUCAGUCACAACGCCGAGAUAUGCACCAGCGUUCGCAGGGAGUGGAAAUACCGGAAAACUAUAGACGGAAAAUCGCAAUAAUGAUCAAACAUCAUUUCAUCAUUUCGAACGUCUUCGUGGCGGUUUCCUUGUUGUACACGAUUUCGUUGGAUUGGGUGCGGAUCGGCGAUCCGUUCACGUUCCCUUUCAUCGACGUGUUGCCGAUAAAAACGACAAACGUGACCGUUUACGUGUGCAAAUAUAUUGUAUAUACUUUGCCCGUGUACUUUGCACACUUGGAAACCUGUUUCUUGAAUGUGACGUUCAUGUAUUCCGCGGGCGUCGUGAAGAGACAUUUUCAGAUACUCGACGAGCAGGUCGAAGAAGCGAUUGUAAACGAGGACGAACAGAAAUUAAAGAUCGCGAUCAAACACCAUCAACAGGUGUUGAAGUAUUUUGAAGAUAUGAAGACCGUUUAUGAAAAACCCAUAUUAUUGACAAUAGAAUUUUGUGGAUUAUAUGUUGGCUUAACUAGUUGUUUCGUGAUUCAAGUCAUACAGGGUUUUAUUCAUCAAAUAAUAUUGGGAUUGUGUAUAGUUAGUAGUAUGGCGUGUCUCAUGACAAUUAUAAUGUAUUGCAUUUAUGCAAGCAACAUGUAUGAUUUACACAAUGGUAUAUUGAACGCACUUUUUGAACAUCGAUCAUGUUAUUCUCGAAACAAAUCAUUUAAACGACUUAUUUUAAUUAUGAUGAUGAGAGCAACAAUACCAUUAGAAUUUAAAGCUGGCUCCAUUUUCACCAUAAACUUAAAUCUACUUGUCAAAAUCCUAAAAUUUGCAUAUACGGUGUUUAAUGUUUUAUUAUCAUCAAUCAAUCACCAAUUUAAAGAAACUGCAAUAUGA